AUGGCUUCUCCCACAAACGACGGCCAGAACUUCCACAUCGUGAUGUUCCCGUGGCUCGCCGCCGGCCACAUCACCCCGUUCCUCCACCUCUCCAACGACCUCGCCGGCCGGGGCUUCACGAUCACGUUCAUCACCCCACAAAAAGCCAUCGACCGGCUCGGCCACCUCAACCGCCACCCGAGCCUCAUCACCUUCCACCCGCUCACCCUCCCUCCCGUCGAAGGCCUCCCCGCCGGCGUCGAGACCGCCUCCGAGGUCCCCAUCGAGCUCACCCACUUCCUCUGCGUCGCCAUGGACCGCACGCGCGACCAGGUCGAGGCCGUCGUGCGCGGCACGCGCGCCAAGCUGGUGGUGUUCGACAUGGCGCACUGGGUGCCCGACAUCACGCGCCCGCUCGGGAUCAGGAGCGUGAACUACACGGUCCUGGGCGCGUCGGCCAUCGCGAUCGUGCUGGUCCCCGCGCGUGGGCUGGAGAAGGGGAAGGUGCUGGCGGAGGAUGAGCUGGCGGUUCCUCCUCCCGGCUACCCUUCCUCCACCGUGGUGCUCCGCCGCGGGUACGAGGCUGGGUUGCUAGGGUUUCUGUUCAUGCCGUACGGUGAAGCGACGACGUUUUGGGAGAGGAUAAGUUUGGGGAUGAAGGGAUGCGACGCGUUGGCGAUGAGGACGUGUGAAGAGAUUGAAGGGAAGUUGUGUGGGUACUUGGGCGAGCAGUAUGACAAACCGGUUUUUCUCACCGGUCCGGUCCUGCCCGAACCGAGCGAGAACCGGUUGGAAGUCGACCGGUGGGCGAAAUGGUUGGGAAAGUUCGAACCGGGUUCGGUCGUUUUCUGCGCGUUCGGGAGUCAGGUGUUUCUGGAGAGGGAUCAGUUUCAGGAGCUCGUCCUCGGGUUCGAGCUGUCGGGGCACCCGUUUCUGGUGGCGCUGAAGCCGCCUGCAGGGGCGUCGACGAUCGAGGAAGCGCUGCCGGAAGGGUUUGAGGAGAGGGUGAAGGGGAGAGGGAUCGUGACCGGGGAAUGGGUUGAGCAGGUGGCGAUACUGAACCACCCGUCGGUUGGGUGCUUCGUGAACCACUGUGGGUUCGGUUCGAUGUGGGAGUCGCUGACGAGCCUGUGCCAGAUUGUGAUGGUCCCCCAUUUGGCGGACCAGGUUUUGAACACGAGGUUGAUGGCUGGGGAGCUGAGAGUUGGGUUGGAGGUUGAGAGAGGUGAGAAGGGUUGGGUUUCCAAGGAGAAGCUCAGUGAAGCAAUUCAAUGUGUAAUGGAUAGUGGCAAUGAGUUGGGUUGUUCACUAAGGGAGAAUCAUGAGAAAUGGAGAAGUGUGUUUUCUGAUCCGGGUUUCAUGUCGAGGUACAUAGAUAAGUUUGUUCAAAAUGUGAAUGAACUUGUCAAGUCAUGA